AUGGCAGCCCCUCCGCAGCAGAAAGUCCACGAUGUGAUCAGGCAAUACCGGCCUGCCAGGCAAUUUCCCGGUUCUACGCGGUCGGAUGGGGUCGAGAGCCGUGUUACAUCCCUUGAUUUCGACGAUAUGGGCGAGUUCCUCGUCGCCGCCUCGGACGACGAAACGAUGCAUGUCUACGACAUAAAAGAGGGAAAGAGAACCAAGACGAUACCCAGCAAAAAGUAUGGCAUACAUCUGGCUCGAUUUACCCAUCACCCGCGCAACGUUCUGUUUGCCAGUACGAAGCAAGAGGAUUCUCUACGCUUGCUGGAACUCCACAAUGAGAGCUUCGUUCGCUAUUUCACAGCUCAUACGGGCCGAGUGACCUGUAUAGCCCUGUCGCCUGGUAGCGAUCAGUUUCUGUCGUGCGGCAAUGACGAUAUGGUCUGUCUGUGGGACCUGAACUCCAGGAGUCCUCAAGGGAAACUGAAACUUGUCACUCCCUACCUCGCAGCCUACGAUCCCUCUGCGCAAAUCAUGGCGAUCGCGUCGCAAUCCACCUCCUCCAUCCUCCUGUACGAUGUCCGGAAUUUCGAUAAAGCCCCGUUCGCUACCUUUGACAUGGCCGCCGAGGAGGAUAGGUAUACCCCAACCACAAAGGGUCGCGCAUGGACCAAAUUGGAGUUCUCGAACGAUGGGAAAAAUAUGCUUCUCGGCACGGAUUAUCACGGUCAUUUCGUGCUGGAUGCCUUUGAUGGGACGGUCAAAUCGUUUCUACAAGGGAAGACGGCUGGCACUGGACGCGCGGCUCCUGUGUCAACAUCGGGAAAGCCACUCGGUCAAGGAGACGUCUGUUUUACACAAGAUGGGAGGUAUGUCGUCGGUGGGGCUGGUGAUCAACCCGACCUGCUCGUCUGGGAUACCCAUAACACCACUGAUAUUCGACUGGAGCCUAUGGUUCGAUUGACAAGCCGGGGGAUCAAGGCGCCUGUGGUGCAAUGCAAUCCCCGCUUCAACAUGCUUGUGACGGCUGACACCAGGGUGUGCAUGUGGUUACCCGGCGACCAGAUCAAAAAUCCGGAAAUAUGA